CCCCCCCCCCGAACCCUGGGUCGCGCACAAGUGGCUCCACCGAAGGAAACCUCGUGGUUUCGGUCAGAGGACUCCGGCGCCUAGGCUUGGGGGCUGCGUACUACAUCAGAUGCUCAACGUGACGUCAGCGUGAAGGCCGUGACAUCAUCUCGAAAAUGCCGACGGGCACCCUGGGGCAUUGGAGGGACCAUACGUGCCCUCGCGGCUUCAAUUCCCCAGACACGACCCGACCCCUGCUCGGCCGGAGUUGGGCUGUUUUAAGAUCCGCGGAGCAGGGGACGUGGGGGAAGGGCUAGGGACUGAAGACUUUCCGGAACUCGGAGCCGAGUCGCUGCACGGGACGCAGGACGGUCUGCGGCCCCGUGGCCUCUUCUGUGUCCAGCUCUCUGGCCGCAGCUACCCUGCACCCAACCCGCGAGAAAAGAAAGUUUUAUUAAGCAGGCUGGGAGGCGGGGAGGGGGGCGGGAGGGAGGUGGAGCGGCGACUGCGGCCUGCUCCAAAGAGGAGGGGAGGAGAAGAGGAGGGAACUGGCCUGGGAGGGAUCGUGGGAGAAGGCGGAAUGUGGGAGGGCUCAAGGGGACGUGGGAGGAACGAAAGGGCUGGGGGAGAAAGGGGGGUAAGUCUCCCCUGGACAAGCACUUUUUUUGUAAGUCCUAGGACUGAACUCCAGGACCAGGACUCUUCUCCCAGCCGCUACGGCCCCCGCUCAGCCACAGGCCUUCCUUGCCAUGCGACCUGUCAGUGUCUGGCAGUGGAGCCUGUGGGGGCUGCUGCUGUGCCUGCUGUGCAGCUCGUGCCUGGGAUCUCCAUCCCCAUCCACGGCCCCUGAGAAGAGGGCUAGGAGCCAGGGGCUACGGUUCCGGCUGGCCGGCUUCCCCAGGAAGCCCUUCGAGGGCCGCGUGGAGAUCCAGCGGGCUGGCGAAUGGGGCACCAUCUGCGAUGACGACUUCACACUGCAGGCUGCCCAUGUCCUAUGCCGGGAGCUGGGCUUCACAGAGGCCACAGGCUGGACCCACAGUGCCAAAUACGGCCCUGGAACAGGCCGCAUCUGGCUGGACAACCUGAGCUGCAGUGGGACUGAGCGGAGUGUGACUGAAUGUGCCUCCCGGGGCUGGGGGAACAGUGACUGUACCCACGAUGAGGAUGCCGGGGUCAUCUGCAAGGAUGAGCGCCUCCCCGGCUUCUCGGAUUCCAAUGUCAUUGAGGUAGAGCAUCACCUGCAAGUGGAGGAGGUACGAAUUCGACCAGCCGUUGGGCGGGGCAGGCGGCCCCUGCCGGUGACUGAGGGACUGGUCGAAGUCAGGCUUCCGGACGGCUGGUCGCAAGUGUGUGAUAAAGGAUGGAGCGCCCAUAACAGCCACGUGGUCUGCGGGAUGCUGGGCUUCCCUAGCGAAAAGAGGGUCAACGUGGCCUUCUACAGAAAGUUGAGGAAGCGAGCGGCCAAAGCCUCGGCCCGACGCUCCAAGCCCCUUGGAAGACCAAUCAUCAAGCUUAAAGCCAAACCCAAACCCCGAGUGGGCAGGGGGCCAAUCAAGAGGCUGCUGGCCCAGCGGCAGCAACACUCCUUUGGUCUGCAUGGGGUGGCGUGCGUGGGCACGGAGGCCCACCUCUCUCUCUGCUCCUUGGAGUUCUAUCGUGCCAAUGACACCACCAGGUGCCCUGGGGGGGGCCCUGCGGUGGUGAGCUGUGUGCCAAGCCCUCUCUACGCAGCGUCCAGUGGCCAGAAGAAGCAACAGUCGAAGCCUCAGGGGGAGGCCCGAGUGCGAUUAAAGGGUGGAGCCCACCCAGGAGAGGGCCGGGUAGAAGUCCUGAAGGCUGGCACGUGGGGCACAGUCUGUGACCGCAAGUGGGACCUGCAGGCAGCCAGUGUGGUGUGUCGGGAGCUGGGCUUCGGGAGUGCUCGAGAGGCUCUGAGCGGUGCCCGCAUGGGGCAGGGCAUGGGUGCCAUCCAUUUGAGUGAAGUUCGAUGCUCUGGCCAGGAACCCUCCCUCUGGAAGUGCCCCCACAGGAACAUCACAGCUGAGGACUGUUCCCAUAGCCAAGAUGCUGGAGUCCGAUGCAACCUGCCCUACACUGGGGUAGAGACCAAGAUCCGACUCAGCGGGGGCCGCAGCCGACAUGAAGGGCGAGUCGAGGUGCAAACAGGAGGACCUGGGUCCCUUCGCUGGGGCCUCAUCUGUGGGGAUGACUGGGGGACACUGGAGGCCAUGGUUGCCUGCAGGCAACUCGGACUGGGCUAUGCCAACCAUGGCCUGCAGGAGACCUGGUACUGGGACUCAGGGAAUAUAACAGAGGUGGUGAUGAGUGGAGUGCACUGCACAGGGACUGAGCUGUCCCUGGACCAAUGUGCUCAUCAUGGCACCCACGUCGCCUGCAAGAGGACAGGAAGCCAUUUCACUGCUGGAGUCAUUUGUUCUGAGACCGCGUCAGAUCUGCUGCUGCACUCAGCACUGGUGCAGGAGACCGCGUACAUCGAGGACAGGCCCCUGCACAUGUUGUACUGUGCUGCUGAAGAGAACUGCCUGGCUAGCUCGGCCCGCUCAGCCAACUGGCCUUACGGCCACCGGCGUCUGCUCCGAUUCUCCUCCCAGAUCCACAACCUGGGACGCGCUGACUUCAGGCCCAAGGCUGGGCGCCACUCCUGGGUGUGGCAUGAGUGUCAUGGGCAUUAUCACAGUAUGGACAUCUUCACUCACUAUGAUAUCCUGACCCCCAACGGCACCAAGGUGGCUGAGGGCCACAAAGCUAGUUUCUGUCUAGAAGACACCGAGUGUCAGGAGGAUGUCUCCAAGAGGUAUGAGUGUGCCAACUUUGGAGAGCAGGGCAUUACUGUGGGUUGCUGGGAUCUCUACCGGCAUGACAUCGACUGUCAAUGGAUUGACAUCACAGAUGUGAAGCCAGGAAACUACAUUCUGCAGGUGGUCAUCAACCCCAAUUUUGAAGUAGCAGAAAGUGACUUCACCAACAAUGCAAUGAAAUGUAACUGCAAAUAUGAUGGACAUCGCAUCUGGGUGCACAACUGCCACAUUGGCGAUGCCUUCAGUGAAGAGGCCAACAGGAGGUUUGAACGCUACCCUGGCCAGACCAGCAACCAGAUCAUCUAAGGUGCCACCACCCUCCUCUGCAGACCACAACUGGCCCCUAAUGGCAGGGGUCUGAGGCUGCCAUUACCUCAGGAGCUUACCAAGGAAUCCUUGACGUCAGCAGGCCCACGGCACUCAUCCAUUGUGCACUGUGGGUGUAGAACUGUCAAGCAGAAGUUAUUGCCCUCCUUUUACGCCGGCUGUCUGGAUCUGUGGCCAGGCAUGGGGAAUUUUGCUCCCAGGCCCAGCACCAAACCAAGCACGCCACAAAGAGGCGCACCUGAUUGACUGCCCAGGAAAAGACAGCAGCAGCUCGUUUUCUUAAAUAGGGAGGUCAGAAUGGUCAACUCCAAUAUCUCCUCUCAGUUCAGGGAGAUACGGCUUUACCUCUAGCCUUUUUGUGGGGGGAAAGAGCAGUGCGCCACCCUUCCCCUCAUUUUUGAGUAUAACAUGUUGCUAGGUAUAAUUUUAUUUUAUAUAAAAAGUGUUUUUGUGAUUC